UUCAGUUUUUGGACGGACUCGAUUUUUACAAGUUGCAACUUGCGGAGUUGCUCGAAAAAAAUAACAAAUUUUUGUUAGCUACAUUCCGCUGCCGCGCGUGCUGUAUGAACGUGUGUGAAUGAUAGCUCUGACUGCAUUAUUAACCAAAUAUACGAUCGGUAUUAUGAGCAAUCUAAGCAAUGGCAAUCUGCAGCAGAAUCAACCACAACAACAACAACAACAACAGCAGCAGCAGCAGCAACAGAAUAACGGUGAAGCGGGCGCGGGUGCGCCUGCGGCACCCUUGUUGAUGGAGCCUGGUGGUCCAAUGCCCGCACCUGGUUUGGGUGUCGCCGUAGGUGUGGCCCAGCGACAGCGCCUCCUACUGCAGCAGCAGCAACAACAGAAUCCCGCCGCCGAAGGCAGUGGCCUGGAACGAGGCAGCUGCCUGCUGCGCUAUGCCAGCCAAAACAGCCUCGACGAGAGCUCCCAGAAGCACAUACAGCGACCGAAUGGAAAGGAGCGCGGAACUGUAGGGCAGUACAGCAACGAGCAGCACACGUCGCGCUCCUUCGAUGCCAUGAACGAGAUGCGCAAACAAAAACAGUUAUGUGAUGUCAUUCUGGUCGCCGAUGAUGUGGAGAUUCAUGCCCAUCGCAUGGUCUUGGCCUCGUGCAGUCCCUACUUCUUCGCCAUGUUCACCAGCUUCGAGGAGUCGCGCAAGUCGCGCAUCACGCUGCAAAGUGUGGACGCACGUGCUCUGGAGCUGCUCAUCGACUAUGUGUACACAUCGAAUGUGGAGGUCAACGAGGAUAACGUGCAGGUGCUGCUAACCGCUGCCAAUCUGCUGCAACUGACCGACGUGCGAGAUGCCUGCUGUGAUUUUCUACAGACCCAAUUGGAUGCCAGCAACUGUUUGGGCAUACGCGAAUUUGCCGAUCUGCAUGGCUGCGUGGAGUUGCUCAACUAUGCAGAGACAUAUAUUGAACAGCAUUUCAACGAGGUCAUUCAGUUUGACGAGUUUCUGAAUCUUACGCACGAGCAGGUCAUUAAUUUGAUUUCCAAUGAUCGCAUCUCGGUGCCAAAUGAGGAGCGCGUCUAUGAGUGUGUCAUUGGCUGGCUGCGCUACGAUGUGCCCAUGCGGGAGCAAUUCACAUCGGCAUUGAUGGAGCACGUGCGUCUGCCAUUCCUCUCCAAGGAGUUUAUCACGCAGCGCGUGUACAAAGAGCUCUUGCUCGAGGGCAACAUCGAAUGCAAGAAUCUGAUUAUCGAAGCCUUGACCUAUCACCUGCUGCCCACAGAAACAAAAUCUGCACGCACUGUGCCGCGCAAGCCCGUGGGCAUGCCCAAGAUUUUGCUAGUUAUCGGUGGCCAGGCACCCAAGGCCAUACGCUCCGUGGAGUGGUAUGAUCUGCGCGAGGAGAAAUGGUAUCAGGCAGCCGAGAUGCCAAAUCGUCGUUGUCGCAGCGGUCUGUCCGUGCUAGGCGACAAGGUCUAUGCCGUGGGUGGCUUCAAUGGAUCGCUGCGCGUGCGCACUGUGGACGUUUAUGAUCCGGCUACAGAUCAGUGGGCCAAUUGCAGCAACAUGGAAGCGCGUCGCUCGACGCUCGGUGUGGCUGUUCUCAAUGGCUGCAUCUUUGCCGUGGGUGGCUUUGAUGGCACCACCGGCUUGUCCAGCGCCGAGAUGUACGACCCAAAGACUGAAGUCUGGCGUUUUAUUGCCUCCAUGUCGACGCGUCGCAGUUCGGUUGGCGUGGGCGUCGUCAAUGGUCUGCUCUAUGCCGUUGGCGGCUACGAUGGCUUCUCUCGGCAGUGUCUGGCGUCCGUCGAACGCUACAAUCCCGACACGGAUACUUGGUGUGCCGUUGCUGAAAUGUGUUCACGUCGCAGCGGCGCUGGAGUUGGCGUUCUCAAUAACAUCCUGUAUGCUGUGGGUGGCCAUGACGGGCCGAUGGUGCGCAAAUCGGUCGAGGCUUAUGAUUAUGAGACAAACACCUGGCGCUCCGUGGCGGACAUGUCCUAUUGUCGUCGCAAUGCUGGCGUUGUGGCACACGAUGGUCUGCUAUAUGUGGUGGGCGGCGAUGAUGGCACCUCCAACCUGGCCUCCGUUGAGGUUUAUUGCCCAGACUCGGAUAGCUGGCGUAUAUUGCCCGCCUUAAUGACCAUUGGACGCAGCUAUGCUGGAGUCUGUAUGAUAGAUAAGCCCUUGUGA